ACUCGCUAUAAAUAAAGCAACCUGUUCGCUUAAGACGUCAUUCUGAAAUCGGAGCUCUUAUGAGCAACAAGUAGUGCUUGUGCUUGGUGGUCCGUAUCAAAGGUUCGCAUCAAAGAUCCGCAUCAAAGGUCCGCAUCAAGGGUCCGCAUCAAAGGUCCGCAUCAAGGGUCCGCAUCAAGGGUCCGCAUCAAGGGUCUGCAUCAAAGGGUCCGCAUCAAAGGUCCGCAUCAAGGGUCCGCAUCAAAGGUCCGCAUCAAGGGUCCGCAUCAAGGGUCCGCAUCAAGGGUCCGCAUCAAGGGCCGCAUCAAGGGUCCGCAUCAAGGGUCUGCAUCAAAGGGUCCGCAUCAAAGGGUCCGCAUCAAAGGGUCCGCAUCAAAAGGUCCGCAUCAAGGGUCCACAUCAGGGGUCCGCAUUAAAGGUCCGCAUCAAGGGUCCGCAUCAAAGGGUCCGCAUCAAGGGUCAGCAUCAAGGGUCCGCAUCAAAAGGUCCGCAUCAAGGGUCCGCAUCAAGGGUCCGCAUUAAAGGUCCGCAUCAAAGGUCUGCAUCAAGGGUCCGCAUCAAGGGUCCGCAUCAAAAGUCCGCAUGAGUGCCAAAUUAGAGAAGACGGGGAAACGGAUCAGCACUAAUGCUGAUCUGAGACGUGUGGCAAAACAAGCCACAAAUCACGACAAUGGCGCAGACGGUAGCAGCUCUGGAAAAGUUAAGCCACAGGAGAAAACCAAAACUUCACUGAAAAGUUUGUUUGGUGAUUCUCCCAAAAAAAGGAAGUCAAACAUAAAUCCUCUGGAAGAAAUCAUUGAAACUAGGAGAAAUAAAAAGAACCCCCCUACCCUGGACCGACCAGAAAUCCUACUGGGAAUGAAGAGCCCUUGCACGCCUCAUAUUUGAGCUUAUACGCUUAAUGCAGUGAUAUCUCAAGGAUAAGGAUCAACUCCCUGUAUGCCCGUUCUGCAACGUCAGAAUCGCAGUCAAACAUCUCCUCAUCAACUGCUCCCAACUGCCCCAUCAAGCAAGAACGACCAACGAGAUCAAUCAUAGCCUAGAAAUUGUACUUUCCAACGAUCCAGAAGAACAAAACAAUAUGAUUAAAUUCUUUAAAGGAUCAAGUCUUUUCAAAAAGUUUUCAUUAAUAUUAUAUUUGGGUUGAAUCUGA